UGAGAAGUCCCACAACGAUGAAUGAAGCCAGUCUGUCUGGCUGGCGUACAAACGCUCCAUUCUGGGACACCAGCAUGGGCUCCAGUGGAAAUGACUACUUCACUGUGCUCGAAGUACCCGCCCUCGAACGCAUGAUCCGAGUCCCUCCAGGCGAAGAAAGGUUCGGGAACGAACUCCGCGUUCUCGAUCUCGCGACGGGAAAUGGUCUGGUCGCUCACUGGCUGGCACGAAAGGGAGCGAGUGUUGUGGCGACUGAUGGAUGCGACGAGAUGGUUAGAUUGGCUGAGAAGAGGGGUGAGGGCACCGCAAACGUGAAGUACCAGGUGCUAGAUGUAACAGACAGCAAGCAAUGGGAGGCAUUCAUUCGCGAGGAAGUUGAAAGGGGAGGCGCUUUCGAUAUUAUCACCAUGAACAUGGCGUUUAUGGACGUGCCUGAUUUGGAGCCGCUAGCAGCAGCUUUGCCUAGAAUCCUGAAGAGAAACGGAGGGAUCUUCGUGGCCACCCUUUUGCAUCCUUUUUUUACAGCUGGUGCGAUCAGAAGCGUGGAAUACGCGGAAGACACAGAAACUGGACAGGAGGUGGCGACGCAGUACAUCAAGCUGUCCAAAUAUCUUCAUGUUCCACCCUACAAGGGUGUCGCGAUGCAGGAUCAACCUGUUUCACAGCCGUACUUCCACCGCCCCUUUCACCAGCUAUUUUCGACCUUCUUUCGUGCGGGUAUGGUCCUCGAUGCACUGGAGGAGCCAAAUUUCGACGCUGAGUAUCUGAAAGGGAAGAAUCUGGAAACCGCUUCGCUCCGGCAGUGGACUCAGAUACCAAAGAUUUUGGCUUUUCGUAUGAGAUUUGGUUAA